CCCGUUCUUCCUCGUUCUACGUCGCACGCGUUUUAUCUGUACCGCAGAAACCGCGCGUCCGUCCGUUUAAAAACUUGAUCGAAGCCUGUUUUCGUCGGGCAGAGAUUCGAGCAACUUUCAGCCGAUCGGAUCGAGAAGACGAAGGUGCGGACGGGAACGUUGUGAAAAAAAUCGGUGGUCGUUCAUUUAAACGAAACGUUCUUAAAUAGUGGGGGAACUAGUUGACCGUGACUUCGGCUAAACCAUCAUUGCCCAUUGGCACUGUCAGUCCGCAUCCCGGUCUUGGACACAACGGCCACGAAUUUCGCUAGCGCACGAUUAUUCAAGGAUCGGCCAGCAAUUCCAAGAAUCGUUUCGAUCGCGCGAACCGACGCAUCGGAAAUGAUCAAAUCGAUCGUCUCGAGCUUCUUGCUUCUCCAAGCGCUGACACUGUACGCUGCCCAUGCACAGAACGCGGGAUCGGGCUCGAGAUGCACGACGCCGCUCGGCAGGAACGGCGCGUGCAUCGGCAUUCGACAAUGCCCGGUGUUGCUGCACAUCCUGCAAAUACAACCGAUUCCACCGGGAACCGUGGAAUUUUUGAGGCGAUCGCGGUGCAGCGCCGAGGGAGAGGAGCUGCGCGUCUGCUGUCCACUGGGAGUCGGAGAACCGGGUUUCGACACGUCUUCCCGGGGCGAUCAAGACAACACCGCGGGAGGGCAAACAACGAAUCCUGGUAUCGAUCGGAACAAUCCGAAUCCUGGAUACGUCACCGAUCCGAGCGCGCCGUACGAUCUGUCCAAUAAUUCCUUGCUACCGACCGAAUGCGGCAAGGACUUGUCUCAGAGAAUCUUCGGCGGAGAGCGCACCGACAUCGACGAAUUUCCUUGGAUGGCUCUCUUGGAAUACGUGAAACCGAACGGAAGGCAGACGGCUUGCGGAGGAGUGCUGAUCAGCAAGCGUUACGUUCUGACGGCGGCGCACUGCAUCGUGGGCAAGGAUCUGCCCAAGACCUGGCGAUUGGAGAACGUCCGCCUGGGAGAGUACAACACCGACACGCAUCCCGAUUGCAUACAAGACGGGGACGUGAUCCUGGUCUGCGCGGACGACCCGAUCACCGUCGGUGUGGAGGAGCAGAUCGCGCACGAGUACUACCGACCGGCCUCGAGGGACCAGACGUACGACAUAGCGUUGCUCCGGUUGACGCGGGACGUCUCGUUCAGCAACUACGUGAAACCGAUUUGCUUGCCGCCGAACGGGGACAUCCCGAACCAGCAGAAUUUGUACACCGCCGGCUGGGGAAAAACGGAGAACAGGUCGUCGUCGAGCGUCAAGUUGAAGGUCUCGCUGCCGCUCGUCCAGAGGCAACAAUGCCAGACGAAGUACAGCAACUCCGGAGUGAACCUCGGCGACACGCAGAUCUGCGCCGGAGGCCAGAAGGGAAAGGAUUCCUGCAGAGGAGACUCGGGCGGACCACUGAUGGCCUUGGAGAGAACUCGAGAGGGCAAAGGGAAAUGGUCGGUCAUCGGGGUCGUCUCGUUCGGACCGUCGCCCUGCGGCAUGCCCGGAUGGCCCGGCGUCUACACCAAAGUCGCCGACUUCGUGCCUUGGAUCCUCGGCAAGAUGAGAAGCAAAAGAAUAAAGAGUAGAGAGUACAGAGGAAAAAGUAAAGAGGAAACGUACAUACACCGAGCAAGCAUGACUCGCUGUAUUCUUCUUCCUGUACUCGUGAUUCUUUUCCUGCACAGGUCCAUCGCACAAGAACGAUGCAACACGCCCGAGAACAGAGCCGGCUUGUGCAUCAACGUGCGGAAUUGUCCGCGAGUCGUUCAACUUUUGCUACAGAAGCCCUUGACCAAAGAGGCUCUGAACUACUUGCGAAGCUUGCAAUGCGACUUCGAGGGAAGAGAUCCGAAAGUUUGCUGCGAACAGCAGGUUCCGGUGGUGCCGGAAAUCACGACGAAAAGUCCGACCUCGUCGACCGCGAACGUGCCGGAUCCUCCGAACGUAUCGAACCACCCGAACUUGGCGAUGAUAAACCAAGACUUCUGCGGUCCGGCAACCACGCCGAAGAUUUUUGGCGGAAACAAAACCGGCGUACUCGAAUUUCCGUGGAUGGCGUUGCUGGCUUAUGAAACCGGCAGCGCAGUUCCGGAAUUCAAAUGCGGAGGAUCGCUGAUCAACAAGCGAUACGUGCUAACCGCUGCUCACUGCGUUACAAGACUACCCUCUGGUACAAGACUCAUCGGUGUUCGAAUAGGAGAACACGAUUUGUCCACGGAACGGGACUGCGACAAGGACGAGGACGGACUCGAGUCGGUCUGCGCGGAGAGAUACCAAGACUUUGGCUUGGAGAGCGUGCAUUUUCAUCCCGAUUACAUGCCGAGGACGGCGCAGAACGACAUCGCGUUGCUGCGAUUGAACGGAGACGCCGAUUUCAGGCCGAAGAACGUGAGGCCGAUCUGCUUGCCGGUCGGCUUCAACUCCACUCUGCCUCGGAAAAAGGUAAUAGUGACCGGUUGGGGCACGACGGAGACCGGCAUGCGCAGUCAGGCCCUGCUGCAGGUGAAGCUAACGGUCGUCGGCACCGAGGAGUGCGCGCAAGCCUACAAAGGCAGAACGCAAAUUUGGCACAAGCAGCUGUGCGCGGGCGGUACCAAGACCGCGGAUGCGUGCCCCGGGGAUAGCGGUGGACCGCUUCAGAUACCGACCAUGUUGAACAACGACGUGAAAUCCGUUCAGUUCGGGAUCGUCAGCUUCGGCCUCCGGGGUUGCGCCGUAGAAGGAGUCCCCGGCGUCUACACCAACGUUGCCUAUUACAUGGACUGGAUCUUGAACGUUAUUCGAUCUUAAACCGUUCGAAUAACCUUCGACCGAUCGAUUACCCGAUUCCGCAAAAUCGUCGAUGCGCCGUCAUAGAUAUAGAUGUAACUGUACCCUAUGGUCGCGCCCCGGUCAUUCUAUAUUUUGACCUUUUCAAAUUUUAUCCUAACAUUAAUAAUAAAUUGCCAUCGAUUGAA